ACAAAAUGGUUUGUAGGGGAUUUAAUCUUUCGGGGCCAUGCAAGGGGUAUCGUUGUUAUCGAAUCUCAAACAGUGUAAUUCAUCUAAGAUAAGAAAAUAUUUACCCAAUAUUUAAAUAUAUACAUAUACAGUCUAUGUAGAAGUUCGGUAGACGGGGAUAUUUUUUUCUAACAAAAGACAUUUAAAGGAUACAAAAUAUAAUCACCUUUGGGAUUAACGUGUGUCGAGCGAUUCACUUGACGCGGGGGAACGAUUUAGUGUUAGGUGUAGGAGUAAAACUUCUAACAACACAACACCACUUGUGUCUGGACCAUGUACGGCGAUCAACCCACGUACUGCGAACCCACCCCCACGGUCGUGGCCCCACCCAGACCGGCCUCCGCCCAGAGCUUCACCCCCGCGUACUUAUGGAGUGACUUUGAACCCCCGGGCGUUCGCAGAGAGAGGACAACAUAUGGAAACAUGAACGAUUGGAUGAAAGUUUCCAGGAAUGGCGUUCCUGUCACAAUGUCAGAUAAUAACUGGCAUAAUCUAAAAAAGAGCGAACAAAAGGAACAUGACUUACAGUUCAAGAAAGCCUUCAGUAAUUUAACAAACAAAAUCGCCUACAGAUACCCAAAUCCUGGAAAUCCAAGACAAAGACAGGGAAGGAUAGGUGGGAGCUGGAGACACAUAAAGGAAGUCCUGGGUCACGGCGGAAGUCGUGUUGUCUACGUGGACGAUCCCUACCGUCCCGAGGGGCCCGGCAGGCGCCUUGCCUUCUCUCCUACCCGUGCCUAUUUUGACCCCUUCGUACCAUUAGGUACAUCCACUUGUGAGUCGCCUUACCCCCCUGUCCAGCCCGCUUCCCCGUCUUACCAGGGAGGAGACGUCGCCAGAAAGAUGGGUCUGAACGUGUCCCCCAAAUACAAGGGAUUCUACCGGUAUGGUGCCAAUUAAAGUCCUCACUUCCUCUCCAUUAUAGCAAUGGAGAAUUUAUAUCAGAACCAUUCAGUAUUUCUGACUUUUAUUAUUGCUCACAUUUAUGUAUUUUAUUUAAAUUAUAUUUGUUUUGUUAAAAAAAGCCUUUCUCAGU